GGCUCUCUCUCUCUCACUCAACUUUUACACCACGCGACAUCAACUCAUAUUCACCUCGGGCCAGCCACCGGCACGCGCCUGCACUGCAUCUGCACUGCUUCUUGACAUUCUCCUUUUAACCUACUUUGUCACCAAGGGGACACCACUUUACUCCAUUUGAGCAUCUGGCGCGUGCCAACAUCUCGCUCGCUCGCCAUGCCGAGGUCACAGGCGGAGAGGAGGGCGUACUCGGGAGACGAGGGCUCUGGCCAAAGCCGCCGAGCGCAUCACUUUAAGGAUGGAUCCGAUGAGGACCAUGGAAGGAGGCGGUCUCGCUCACCCGACCGCAAGAGACGCAGGACGGCAGACGAGCGGAGACGGAGCGCGUCGCCGGACACGGACGCCAGAGACUCUCGACACCACCGUCACCAUCGUCGCCAUCAUCACCGGAAAGAAAGAACGGGGGGCGGCGGCACAGGCAAUAUCGCAGCAGAGGCGGAGCUCCCAUUCUCGGCGCGUCGGCUGGGGAAGUCGGACCUGCAGACGUUUGAGCCGCUGUUCGUGCACUAUCUCGCCGUGCAGAAACAAAAGGAGGCUGAGGACAUGGACGAGCGCGAGUUUAGGGGCCGGUGGAAGAGUUUCGUGGGCAAGUGGAACAGGGGCGAGCUCGCGGAGGGGUGGUACGACCCCGACAUGUUCACGCGGAUUGCGGCACUUGGCCCGGUGCGAGGUCCCGCCUCUGCGGAGGUGGAAGAGCCUGCAGCCCAUGCUCAACGGAGAAUUCCUACGGAGGAAAUGGACGACUACAGGGACGAUUCGAGAGGGACGCGAAGCGCGGGCGAUGCUGACGAGGACGGUGAAGACUACGGGCCGACAUUGCCUCUGGCGGACGCACGACGCCGGGCCGGCGCCCAGGUGCCGUCGCUGCAGGACCUCUCGCUGCGCAACGAAAUGAUCGAGGAGUCGAGGGCCGCGGACCGCGAGUCGCUCCGGGCGGCGCGCAAGGCCGACCGCGCGCUGCAAAAGGAGCGCCUCGAAGACCUCGCGCCGCGGGCGGAGCCGGGCACGCGGGAGCGGCGGCUGGAGAAGCGGCGCGAGGUCAACGACAAGAUGCGGCAGUUCCGGGACAAGAGCCCGGACGGCGGCGGCGGCGCGGAGAACGAGCAGGAGGUCAUGGGCGGCGGAGACUCGCUCGACGAGUACAAGCGGGCCAAGGAGCGGGAGCAGAAGCGCAAGUCGGAGCGGCAGAUCAGGCGGGAGGAGAUGGAGCGGGCGCGCAGGGAGGAGAUGGAGGCGCGGAGGAGGGCGUGGCAGGAGAGGGAGGACGGGACGGUGAGCAUGCUGCGGGAGCUGGCGAAGCAGCGGUUUGGGUAAUAAAAGGCGGGUGGCGAGCGCCAUGUGGUGUCUGUCACUGCUGGUGUGUGCAGCGGGGGGUGGUGUCGCUCCUUUGGCGACAAGUCUAUAUCUGAUGGGGAACGUGGCCCGGGCACGCUCCCGUAUAUUGUACAAUGUAUCAAGACCAUGCAUGGGACGAUGACGAUGUCACACGCAGCCCGGGCAGGAUACUUUAAUUUUCGUCCACG